AUGAUAGAGCGGUGGCGACCGGAGACGCACACGUUUCAUCUACCCAUCGGCGAGGCUACCAUCAUGCUUGAGGACGAGGAGGUUCUUUUCGGGCUGCCGGUUGAUGGAUUACCUGUAGCUUACCAGCAUGCUCUCAGAGACUACAAGGGAUUUCAUUACAUGCAUAUGUUACAGCGGCUCACCCGAUUCCAGCCAGCGGAGGAGACUGCAUUGAGUGGGGCCAGUCGUUUGCCGCUGACGCCCGUUCAGCAGCAUCUGGAGGCGGUGGAUGCGGAGAUUACAGAUGAUUCACCGCCGGAGGUUAUCGGCCGGCAUACGAGAUUGGUGUUGCUGCUAAUGUUUGAUGGUGUGCUGUUCCCGAACACUUCGGGAAACCUAGUUAGCUUGAGAUUUCUACAUCAUCUUGAGCGGCUAGAUGAUUUACCUGGUUACAGCUGGGGUGCAACAGUUAUAGGUUACCUGUAUAGGCAGAUGUGCCGGGCUAGCAUGGGCACCCAGAGAGACGUUGCCGGAUUUUUAUCGCCGCUGCAGGUGAAAACAUAG